GAAGCGGCAGGCAGCGCGACGCUCUGAGAGGCGAGCUACUCCUCCCACCAGUCAGUCACACACUCAACGCCGCCAUCUCCUCCUGGCUCCUGCUGCUGCUGCGGCUGCUCGUCCUGUCGCGCGUCUCGGCCAAGACCAGGCGGCGCGGGCGUCGAUGGCAGCGUCAGUGCUUGCCCGCGAGCUCCUGGACGCGGCGCGCGCGCCGGAGUUCGCGGAGUGGCAGUGCGGCGUGCGCCGCCUCAUCCACCAGCACCCGGAGCUCGCCUUCCAGGAGCACCGCACCAGCGCGCUCGUCCGCGCCGAGCUCGACGCGCUUGGCGUCGCAUACGCCUGGCCCGUCGCUCGGACCGGCGUCGUGGCCACCAUCGCCGGACCCACGGGCGGCGCGGGACCCGUGUUCGCGCUCCGGGCCGACAUGGACGCGCUCCCCAUCCAGGAAAUGGUAGAAUGGGAGUUCAAGAGCAAGGAAGAUGGGAAGAUGCAUGCUUGUGGGCAUGACGCUCAUGUGGCGAUGCUUCUAGGAGCUGCUAAGCUGCUUCAGUCUCGGAAGAGCGAUUUGAAGGGCACUGUGAAGCUUGUCUUCCAGCCGGCCGAGGAGGGCCACGCCGGCGGGUACCAUGUGCUCAAGGAAGGCGUCCUGGACGACGUGCAGGCCAUCUUCGGCAUGCACGUCGACACGGAUCUGCCGGUGGGCGUCGUCGGCUCCAGGCCCGGGCCGUUCCUCGCCGGAUCGGCUCGGUUCGCGGCGACCAUCACCGGGAAAGGCGGGCAUGCGGCGGGGCCCCAGCACGUGAUCGAUCCGAUCGUCGCGGCUUCCUCCGCCGUCCUCAGCCUUCAGCAGCUCGUUGCUCGCGAGACAGAUCCACUUCAGGGCGCAGUGGUGUCCGUGACCUUCAUCAAAGGAGGUGAGGCUUUCAAUGUCAUCCCAGAAUCUUUGACACUGGGUGGCACCUUCAGGAGCAUGACAACCGAAGGCCUAUCCUAUCUCAUGAAGAGAAUCAGAGAGGUGAUAGAAGGGCAGGCCGCCGUGAGCCGCUGCACGGCGACCGUCGACUUCAUGGAGGAGAAGCUCCGGCCUUACCCGGCCACCGUCAACGAUGAAGCUAUGUACGCGCAGGCCAAGGAGGUGGCCGAAAGCAUGGUCGGAGAAGCUAACGUCAGGCUAUGCCCCCAGUUCAUGGCGGCUGAGGACUUCGGCUUCUACGCGCAGAAGAUACCGGCUGCCUUCUUCAGCAUCGGGGUCAGCAAUGCCGAGACGGGGAAGGUCCAUCACGUGCACUCGCCGCACGUCGAGAUCGACGAGGGCGCCCUCCCCAUCGGAGCUGCCUUCCACGCUGCUGUGGCGAUCGAAUACCUGAAGAAACACGCCCCUGCAUCAAGCUGAAACUAGCUAUUUAGUAUUUACCGCUGCAUGCAUGAUGUAUGCACUCAGAUUAUUUCAUGCAUCAUGAGAUAACGCUGGAAUAAAAUGGGACUUGUUUGGCUGAGAGUCAAUUCAGAAGUAUGCAAGGCAUUCGAGCACAAGUUCACCACCUCACA